GGAGCGAAGCUUGGAGAAGAUGAGGUCGAUCCCCGGACGGACAGCGGUGCCGAGCCUAGAGAGGGCAGAAAGGGCGACGAGGAACGAGGGCGGCAGGCCGGGGCGGUGGUUGUGCUGUGAAGCGCGAGAGAGAGAGAGAGAGAGAGGGAGAGCACGGAGGGGAGCAGCGGAGACGGGAGGAGGAAGAGGAUCGAGCGGGGCAGCGAUCGAGGGAAGGAGGGAAGGAGGGAGAGAGAGAGAGAGAGAGGGCUAGAAGUGGAGAGCUUUUCGAGGCUGCCACGGGCAUUGCUUACUUUGGCCUGCUGCCGACGCUCGCGCUACCCAAACGACGACGAUUAGGGGAGGAGACGAGCGAGACCGGAGAGAGCAAUCCUCGUUUCCGUGCCCGGGGGAGGCGAGAAGCGAAGCGCUUGCACGAGACGAAGAGUUUGAGAGGCGAGCAGGGAAAAGUCGAGAGGGAGAAGAGAGCUUGAAUUGCGAUUCUUCGCGCAGGAUUUGUUAGUUAGGUUAGGCAGGCGGGCAGGCGAAAGGCGGUCUUCGAGGGGAGCGGUGGUUAUCGGAACCGGAGGAGAAAAGAGGAGGCCGGGGAUCUGUAAGACACUAGGGCGCAGGAUUUGCGGGCACCCUUUUGUUUAUGGAAUAUAUGCUAGCAGCAGCUUGGUUUCUCUAAAUGGCACUUGUAUCUUCGAACAUAAUCACACCGACCGCAUCCUCGAACCUGACCGCAAGCAGCAAGUCCGUCGAGAGUGCAGACGUGCCGGACUUCCCAGACAGUCCACUCAAAGGACUAUCCAAUCCGAAUUUCGCCCCGCUUGCCUCCAGCAGUCUUAAUAAGCAGCAGCAGCAGCAGCCGGAUUCCCCGGCCACACCUUUCGCUUCUGCUGCAACUUCCACUGUGCCUUCUCCCGGCGAGCAGGCCGAGCCUCCACCUCAAGUCAACAAUCUUCUGUCUGUUGGUUUUAAUCAGGACUACGGCUGCUUCUCUUGCGGAACUGACUCAGGUUUCCGUGUCUACAAUUGCGAUCAAUUCGAGGAAACCCUCCGUCGCGAGUUCAAUGGAGGAAUUGGACUUGUGGAGAUGUUGUUCCGGUGCAACAUUCUGGCCAUCGUCGGAGGCGGCACUACUCCCCGUUAUCCGCCGAACAAGGUUAUGAUUUGGGAUGAUCAUCAGAGACGCUGCAUCGGGGAGCUGUCUUUCCGGUCCGAAAUACGCGCUGUUCGGCUUCGCCGUGAUCGGAUUGUGGUAGUUUUGGAGUAUAAGAUCUAUGUGUACAAUUUUUCGGAUUUGAAACUGCUCCAUCAAAUCGAAACUAUUGCGAAUCCGAAGGGGCUCUGUGCACUCUCGCCUGCUUCAACCCCUUCUGUCUUAGCGUGCCCAGGCCUACAUAAGGGUCAGGUGCGCGUUGAGCACUACGGAUUGAAGAAGACCAAGUUCAUAUCAGCCCACGAAACACAUCUGGCCGCUUUUGCACUUACUUGGGACGGCCGGCUUCUUGCCACUGCCAGUAACAAGGGAACACUGAUUCGCAUUUUCAACACAUUGGACGGCACAAAAUUGCAAGAGCUUCGACGUGGUGCCGACAGAGCAGAGAUAUACAGCAUAGCGUUCUCCCCAAAUGGCCAGUGGCUGGCUCUUUCGAGCGACAAAGCAACAGUUCACGUGUUCAGUCUCCGAGCAGCUGCCGGCACUGACGAUAUCCGUGUUACCGAGACCCAGGCAGAUGCCCAUGCAAAGAAGCAAAGCAAGUACCUUGUUGGGACCGCACAAGGUACAGGUAGUGGUAACGGGAAAGGCAAUGUCAAUGUGGGCGGAAUCGGUGGAAGCCUAGUUGGAGGGUCGAGUUCUCUACCGUUUGGAAGUGGAAAUCCUGGCUCAUCAUUGUCCUUGUUUAAAGGAGUUUUACCCAAAUACUUCAGUUCAGAGUGGUCUUUCGCCCAGUUCCGAAUUCCUGUAGAGACGAAGGCUAUUGUUGCUUUUGGACCUGCAAAAGACACGCUUAUUAUUGUGGGCAGUGAUGGCAGUUUCAUCAGAGUGUGGUAUGAUAGCGGCAAGGGUGGAGUGAUGCAACAGCAAGAGUACAAAAAGUUCAUGAACUCUGACGAAGAGGGAUCGUCGAAGGGUGCAACGACGACGGAACACCACAGGAGACAGUCCAGCGACCGGUUUUAAGCAUAUUUGUAAGUAGGCUUGUUAGUUUGAAAGAAAAGAGGACAUUGCGUCCUCAUUACAGUAGUGAUGGGGGCUUUAACUUAGUGUAGCUAGUCGUUUCAGACCUGUUUCUGGUGUACUCACAUGUAAAUAGGUUUACUGUAUAAUUGUAUCAGGCUUGUCUGGAAGCGUGCAAGCUUAGUCCGUACGGAUUUGCAGGGUGGGUGUAUAAACUGAUGUAGAGGUGUGCAUCGAUUACUCAGGUUUAUCGAGGGUCUGCCACAAGCGUGUUCAAUGUGGGAGCCUCAAUUGAAAUGGAUGUAGGGUUCAGGAAUCUACAGAUCGUACAUGAAACAUAUGUCAAGGUGGUGACUAGGCUUUGUCAAUAUAAGCUGGUUUACGGAACUAUUUUACUGAGCUUGGUCAGAAAUGUAGUCGCUAACAUGCGAAUAGGCUUGAUUAAUUUAAAUGUAGACUCCGGUUUAUCC